UUUCCCCUCCCCAAGCGUUGCACAGGCUUGCCGCUCUUGUCCGUCGAGUCUCUCAAAAGGAGGACGAGGAAGAGGGGGUCUCCCUCCUCCGCGACCAAACACUCUGGUCACUCAGCGUCCCUCGCCGCUGCAGCCCUGGCUGCCGAUUUGUUGAGGAAAACUUGUGCGUUUCAGCACCACGGCGCGCGGGGGGAAUGCAAGACCGCAAUGAAUGAUUGAGGCCCUACGUAGAAUAAGCUCGCGGCACGAGUCGGCACCUCAAUACAGGCGUCAAGACAGCAGCAGAUGAAGAGAACGAAGACUAAAACGCGGUCCAAAGGCUCGACCAAAACAGAAGCAGACAGCGACGCCAACAACCGCGAGAAGCUGCUCUUCGGCCUCUCUCCCUGCCAGCUGUGCAAAAAAAGCCUCAUCCUGCGAGCAGACGCGGAGAACUGAGUAUCAAUGGAUCCCUCGGGGAUGGCUCUCCCGAUCCGCAGGUUCAGGCAGCCAACAGGGUCCACCCGCCAAGCGGCGAGGCGAGGCAGCCCGCACACAGGCAGCACGUGCAGACCACCGCGCACAGCACCAGGCCUUGGGAGCACCCCCUGCGAUUCCAGCUGGCUCCACGGACGGAUCCUGACCAGGAUCCAGCCGCCCAUCCUCGAUCCAUCCCGAGGCGCGGAGCACUGCUCCAGAGCCCGAGCGGCCGUGCCUGUCUGGGUCGGUUCGGCCCACCAGCAGCCUUCCGCCACGAGGGAAGCGGGUCCCGGAGGAAGGGAGGGGGGCUCUGGGACAUCCUUCGCUGCUUCCGCUCCCCCCAGGUUUCCUUUGAUCUUCUCGCUGCUUCCUGUCCCGCGGGGCCGCACCACGGGCCUCGGGGCUGGCGAGGCCACAGGUUGCACCAAUCCCAUGCGCCGUGGCAGAUGGCCUGGGCAGAGCCCUCGUGAUCUCCCGGGUAACCCCUCGCGUGCGUGAUGGCCGUUAGGCGCCUUUUGCUCUUGCCGGCGCACGCGCAGGUGGCCCGUGCAGGCCCCCGCCGCGUGGAAUCCAUUCUCGAGCAGGGACCGACCGUCCCGG